AUGGAGAAGUAUCCGUAUAUAUUAGUUCGAGGGAACCAUCUCAUAGUUGAAGUCACGACUCGAAAAGACAAUACAGUAAGCGAGAACACUCUUAAAGGCGCAUUCCAGUUGGAGCAGAAUGUUCCUAUUGGUCUCUUCGCUAAGAGACGAGCUCUUGAGCGUAGGCAGGAAGAUAACGAUUUCGUUUACGAACUGGUAGCAGAUUGGGAGGGUGAAGUAUACGAUUUAAAAUGGAACGAAGGACGUCGAUCUCGUCCAGUCACGCCCAUAGAUAUGGAUUUGGACAACGGAGACAAAAUUGAAAAGAUUAUGAGACUAUGGGAAGACAGAGUCUUUAUGAUUACUGGAAUGAAAGGCUCACAAGGCUCCGGAGUUUUACUCUCAGAUCAACACAUACUGACCGCGGCUCAUUUGUCAUUCAAGUUGGGUGACAUGUAUAACAUCAGAGGAACAGAAGACCGAUCUUUCACUGCAAUUUGCAAUUUUAUCUGUAUUGAUAAUGAUUUUGCCAUAUUGAAGUCUACGACUUUGCCUGAAGUGAACACGCCUGUCGAACAACUCAAUCACGGGAGAAAAUACGUUACGAUGGGUUAUCCCAAUGGCAGUACAAAUUCAAGACCAUCUGUCUCAGAAGGAAUUAUAGAAGGGUUCAUGAAUGAUAACGUCCACUUGAUUGGGUCUCCCGGUUCUAAAAGAGGUUACUCUGGAGCACCCGUUUUCAGCACUUCCGGAUAUUUAUCCGGUAUAGUUCUCGGGGGCACAUCCGGAUUACAUUAUGAGACUACGUUUCGUGAGUGUAUGGAAUCUUCUGCAGAACAGAAGUAUACUCGUAUCUUGGGGAUUCCCAUAAUAAUCAAUGUAUAUAGAGACGGUUCAAUUUAG